UCCAACGUCCCUUUUAAAAUGCCUCUCAUUCUUCCAGAUUCCUAGACAGGAACUGCCUUGCGGCGGAACAACGCCGACCAGGGAGCUGGAGUGCCUGUGUUCUAGUCCCGAGUGCCCUUAAUUAGCGGUAUGACACUGGCGGUUCCCUUCUCAACCUUUUGGCCAUCAGGAAAAUGAGGCCCUUAGAAAAAAAGUGACUUGAUGGUGUAUCUCGCAGCAGGCGUUCACCCAAGGUUCUUUUGUUGCCAAGCCAGGAGAAACAUGAACCAGAAGCUGCUGAAGUUGGAGAACUUGCUACGAUUUCACAUGAUUUACAGGCAACUACAUAGCUUGGAUCAGAGAAGAGUAUUAGCACAGCGGAAGCACAGGUUUUCAGCUGCGUCCCCAGUAUGGGCAGCUCAGCCCUAUGCCUGGCCCUGGCAGACAGAUGUGCUCCUUGGUGCUGCUUUAUCUCAAUAUAGACUUCUAGUAACAAAGAAGGAGAAAAGACCAUGGAAAUCUCAGUUAUCAUCAACAAAAUCUAAAAAAGAGGUAGAAGUAUGGAUUGGAAUGACCGUUGAGGAGUUGGCCAGAGCAAUGGAAAAAGACAUAGAUUGCGUGUAUGAAGGUUUAUUGAACACUGCUAUUGACAUAGAUUCUCUAGAAGCAGACUCACAUUUGGAUGAAGUCUGGAUCAAAGAAGUGAUAAAAAAAGCAGGAAUGAAGCUGAAGUGGAGCAAAUUAAAACAAGACAAAGUCAGAGAAAACAAAGACGCUGUAAGAAGGCAACAGUCAGAUCCAGCUUUAUUAAUCCCAAGGCCCCCAGUUGUUACUAUAAUGGGCCAUGUUGAUCAUGGGAAAACGACAUUACUUGACAAACUGCGAAAAACUCAAGUGGCGGCAAUGGAAGCUGGAGGCAUCACUCAGCACAUUGGUGCCUUUCUUGUCUCUCUACCUUCUGGGGAAAAGAUAACUUUUCUUGACACUCCAGGACAUGCUGCCUUCUCCUCAAUGAGAGCCAGAGGUGCUCGUGUCACUGACAUUGUCGUGUUGGUUGUAGCUGCAGAUGAUGGAGUGAUGAAACAAACUAUAGAGUCUAUUCAGCAUGCCCGAGAUGCUCAAGUACCUAUUGUUCUUGCAAUAAACAAGUGUGACAAAGCUAAGGCUGAUCCUGAAAGAGUCAAAAAAGAGCUGCUGGCUUAUGAUGUGGUUUGUGAAGAUUAUGGAGGUGAUGUUCAAGCAGUGCAUGUUUCUGCACUUACGGGUGAGAAUCUGAUGGCUUUGGCAGAAGCAACAACUGCUCUUGCAGAAAUGUUAGAGUUGAAAGCAGAUCCCAGUGGUCCAGUGGAAGGAACAGUAAUAGAGUCUUUCACAGACAAAGGAAGAGGUCCUGUUACAACAGCUAUAAUUCAAAGAGGAACGUUGAGAAAAGGCUCAAUUCUGGUUGCUGGAAAGAGUUGGGCAAAAGUACGCUUAAUGUUUGAUGAAAACGGAAAAAUAGUCAAUGAGGCCUCUCCCAGCAUGCCAGUGGGAAUUAUAGGCUGGAGAGACCUUCCUUCUGCAGGAGAUGAAAUUCUUGAAGUUGAAUCUGAGGCAAGAGCUCGAGAGGUCAUUGAUUGGAGGAAGUUUGAACGAGAACAGGAGAAAAAUAAAGAUGAUCUGAAAAUAAUAGAACAAAAGCGAAAGGAACACCAAGAAGCGUAUCAGAAAAUCCGUGAAAAGUUUGGCACCUUGCUUUGGAAGGAGAGAUCAUUUAUGAAGUACUUAGAAAGGAAAGAACAGAAAUCCUUGAGGCUGAAAGAGAGAACAGAAAGAGAUUCAAGUAUACUUCCUGUAGUUAUUAAAGGUGAUGUUGAUGGUUCUGUUGAGGCCAUUUUAGACAUAAUGGAUACCUAUGAUGCUUCCCAUGAAUGUGAAUUAGAAUUAGUACAUUUUGGAGUAGGUGAUAUUAGCGAAAAUGAUGUUAACUUUGCUGAAGCAUUUCAUGGUAUUAUAUAUGGUUUUAAUGUGAAUGUAAGCAAGGCCAUUCAGCAGUCAGCUGCAAAGAAAGGAGUAAAAAUUAAACUUCACAAAAUCAUUUACCGUCUUAUUGAAGAUUUGCAAGAAGAACUGAGCAACAGAAUUCCCUGCAUUGUGGAAGAACAGCCAAUAGGUGAAGCUUCUGUAUUAGCUACUUUCUCUAUAACUGAAGGGAAAACGAAAAUUCCUGUAGCUGGCUGCAGAGUCCAAAAAGGACAGUUGGAAAAACAAAAAAAGUUUAAAUUAAUGCGUAAUGGACAUGUUAUUUGGAAGGGUUCAUUAACUUCACUGAAACACCAUAAAGAUGAUAUUUCCAUCAUCAAAACUGGAAUGGAAUGUGGUCUCAGUUUAGAUGAAGAAAAUAUAGAAUUUAAAGUGGGAGAUGAAAUUAUCUGUUAUGAAGAAAAGGAAGUUCUAGUUAAGACUUCUUGGAAUCCAGGAUUUUAAAAUGAAUUAAAAAUGUCAACUAAG